AUGAAUGCGUCCGACCCCAUUGAGAUCGCCGAGGUAGCCAAGGCCAAGGCAAUCCAGCAUGAUGUCGAAGUGAGCGAGAAGCGUCAGGAUCCUAGCCAGGAUCUAACAAUUGAGCCUGCUCCGGCCACCAGCACGCCCGCCGAGGGCGAGGAUGAGGUGCUGAACAAGGUGUAUCCCAACGAGGAUGACCUGCGCAACCUGCGUCGUGUCUCGGGACAUCUUCACUGGACCAUCUUUACCGUUGCAUUUGUGGAGCUGUGCGAGCGUUUCUCGUACUAUGGAACUACAGCAGUGUUCGUCAACUUCAUUCAACGCCCUCUUCCCGCGAACUCGAAGACCGGUGCGCUUGCAGCGGGUGCUGAUUUCAAUAACGAUGUGCCUGGAGCUUUGGGCAUGGGACAACGUGCAUCCACUGGUUUGACAUUGUUCAAUCAGUUCUGGUCAUACAUCAUGCCAUUGGCUGGUGCAUAUGUGGCUGACCAGUACUGGGGUCGAUUCCGCACCAUCUUUGCAUCCAUUGCGUGUGCUCUUGUUGGUCAUGUUAUUCUAAUUGUCUCGGCUAUUCCCAAUGUCAUUGCCAAGCCCGGUGGCUCAAUUGCUUGUUUCUCUAUCGGUCUGAUCAUCAUGGGUGUUGGAACUGGUGGUUUCAAGUCUAAUAUUUCCCCCCUCAUUGCUGAGCAGUACCGCGAGGAGAGACCUGUCAUCAAGGUCAUGCCAGAUGGAGAACGGGUGAUCGUCGACCCUGCUGCGACAGUGGCCCGUAUCUAUCUUUACUUCUACCUGAUGGUCAACGUCGGUUCCCUGGUCGGCCAACUUGCUAUGGUCUACGCUGAGCGAUAUGUUGGAUUCUGGCUGUCUUUCCUCCUCCCCACCAUGAUGUUCUGCAUUUGCCCCACGGUUCUGUACUUCUGCCGGAGCAAGUAUUACCUGGUCCCACCCACAGGCUCGACUUAUGGUCAGGCUUUCCGUCUGUGGUCUCUGGCCAUGAAGGGCCGCUGGUCGCUUAACCCUGUCAAAAUGUUCAAACAAACCUCCCCUGAGCACCAAUACUGGGAUCACGUCAAGCCCAGCACUUUGGGGGCCAACAAACCCACAUGGAUGACUUUUGACGACGCAUGGGUUGAUGAAGUUCGCCGAGGACUGAAGGCUUGCCAGGUGUUCCUUUGGUAUCCUCUUUACUGGCUGGCCUACAACCAGAUGCUGAACAACCUCACCUCCCAAGCCGCGACCAUGGAACUCAAUGGUGUUCCCAACGAUGUCAUCAACAACUUCAACCCCUUCGCCCUGAUCAUCUUCAUCCCCAUCUUCGACCGCCUCAUUUACCCCGGUCUCCGCCGCAUGGGAUUCAACUUCACCCCACUGAAGCGUAUCACUGCUGGUUUCAUCAUCGCCGGCUCCGGCAUGAUCGUCGCCACCGUCACCCAAUACUAUAUCUACAAGCUCGGCCCCUGCGGCAAAGACGCCAACCGCUGUCUCGAGGAAGAAGGCCUGCACAGCCCCAUCUCUGUCUGGAUCCAAGUCCUGACCUACGUUCUGGGCGGUAUCUCUGAGAUUCUGGCAUCUGUCACCUCGCUCGAGUAUGCCUAUACCAAGGCUCCUCGUAACAUGCGUUCUCUGGUCCAGGCCGUGGCGUUGUUCACGAAUGCUAUCUCUGCUGCUAUCGGCCAGGCGUUGGUGGGUCUUUCUGCGGAUCCGUUGCUUGUGUGGAAUUAUGCUAUUGUGGCUAUUUUGGCGUUUGCUGGUGCUGUGGGCUUCUGGUUCAGUAAUUCCAGUUUGGAUAAGGAGGAGGAUAAGCUUAAUAUGUUGCCUCAGAGUCACUAUGAGGGUCGUGGGGAGAAGACUGAUGUGGAGGCGAAAUGA